UGCAGGGAGCUGACCAGAGAGAACGCUCAGGUUGUAUCAGAGAAAAAGGGGAGCCCCGAGCGACGUCACAACCAGAUGACGAGAAGGCUCUUGGACUUACGUCACUGUGGGGGAUUCCCCGCUGGUUCGAGUCCUUUCGGCCCCUCGCCGCUGUGGAUGCCUAUCCCAGGACUGCUGACAUCUGGCGCAGUCUCACGAUCCAUGCGCCGCUUCCACUAAAGACUGAGUCAGAAUGGUCUCGCUGGAUUCAGAUCCCACUGUGCUCUGUGGCCCUCUGGCCAAGCAGAAGAUUUGUACGGAAGCCCCGACUCCUGGUGCCCUCCAGCAACACCUGUUCUACGGCGAAUACGACCCGUUCAAGUACGCACCCAUCUUCGAGAGCGAUUUCAUACAGGUGACAAAGAAGGGGGAGGUGCUGAACAUUCAUAACCAGGUGACUGUGGUGACAGUGGGGGUGACAUCCACAAGCCCAAACUUCUCCCUCCCCAACGUCAUGCUGCUUGCCCGGCCACUGGACUCCUUCUCGGAGAUUACGUGCAGCUGCAAGGUGUCGACUGACCGAUGCCCCAUGGAACUCACCAGGCUCUUCCCCCUGAGCUUUGUCAACAUCUCAAUCCACGACGUCUACAACCGGCGGCUGAGAUUGAAGCUUGCCAAUGGCCGGGCCUUUUACCUCCAGCUCUACAUCCACCCAGAGUGCGAGAACGAGGUGUUUGAGCGCUGGAUGAAGCUGGUGAAUUUGCUCCGCACCAGCCCCGAGGAGGUGUACGGAUACGAGGCCGUGACGCCCGAAAUCGAGUGCAUCCUGGAGCAGGCCAGCGCAGAGACCUCGGCUACUGAGCUGUCCGAGUGGCAACUGGAACCCCCUGAGAUGUCGCCGGGCAUGAGGGAGUUCUACGAGGCCAGCCGGGCGAGCAGCAAGAAGAGUGAGAAGAGCGACAAGAGCAAGAAAGGCAAGCCGGGCGAGAGGGGGGACAGGGAUGAGAAGGUGGAGAAGGCCGACAAGCCGGAGGACUGCAGCGAAAGGACCCAGAGCCGCAGGAGCAAGAAGAGCGCGUCCAGCAAAGCGGGAGAGAGUGAGGGCGACACCGACAGUAUUCCCGACUUCACCCAGGAGCAAGAGCCGUGGCCCCCGCGUCGAUCCGCCACAGCCAAAGAAGAAGACUCGAGGGCCAAUCGGUUUCAACUUCUUCAAGGGAGAGAAGGGAGAGAAGGGAGAGAAGGGGGAGAAGGGUGAGAAGGUGGAGAAGGCGGAGAAGGUAGAGAAGGUUCCCAAAGAGAAGGUGCCACAGGAAGAACCGCGCCGGGCAAAGUCAGUGUCACGUCCUACUCUAGAAUUCGAGGACGAGGGGGAGGAGAUAGAGGAGCGGAA